CUUUGUGGUUUUCUGCCGGGCGCCAUUUUGAUUAAAGUAAUGUGAAAGGGGAUUGUCGGCAGUACUUUGCAAGAUAUUUUUCUCAGUUUAAACAAAUUUAUACUGUAGUCGAUUGACAUUUGACAGAGACUCAGUCAUUUGAGUACAGCAAAAAUGGCCACGGGAGCAAACGCAACUCCUUUAGGGAAGUUGCACCCCAGUAUUGGCGCUAAACGAGGAUUUGACGCAGGGCCUGGUGCGGGGAACGGGUUGAUGCCAAUACCGGGGCCGCCCGCAUCUUUUCCUUCGCUACAAGGUUUCCAGCCCUCGAUGGCAAGCCCAUCUUUUCCACAGCCUCAUCAGUUCAAUCCGGCGACAAGUUUUCCGACCCAGCCUCAACAACAACCAGCUGCGGUAGGCGGUAUGGCCAAAGCAGUAGAUUUCGGUCAGAAGAAACAGAGGAAGAGGAGUCGUUGGAGCAGCGAGACUCCUGAUCAGAAGACGGUCAUACCGGGCAUGCCCACUGUCAUUCCCCCUGGACUGACCCGGGACCAAGAGAGAGCCUAUAUAGUCCAACUGCAGAUUGAAGACCUGACUCGUAAACUGCGUACAGGAGACCUGGGAAUCCCUGUUAACCCUGAGGACAGGUCUCCCUCUCCGGAGCCCAUCUACAACAGCGAGGGCAAGAGGUUAAACACCCGCGAGUAUCGCACACGAAAGAAGAUUGAGGAGGAGCGCCACUCACUCAUCACUGAGAUGGUUGGACUCAACCCUGACUUCAAGCCCCCUGCAGACUACAAGCCUCCAGCCACCAGAGUCAAUGACAAAGUUAUGAUCCCCCAAGAUGAAUACCCAGAAAUCAACUUUGUUGGUCUCCUGAUCGGGCCACGUGGUAAUACACUGAAGAACAUUGAGAAGGAGUGCUGCGCCAAGAUCAUGAUCCGGGGUAAAGGUUCUGUGAAGGAGGGGAAGGUAGGCCGAAAGGACGGACAGAUGCUGCCAGGGGAAGAUGAGCCUCUGCAUGCCCUGGUCACCGCCAACACAAUGGAGAAUGUCAAGAAGGCUGUGGAGCAGAUUCGCAACAUUCUGAAGCAAGGCAUUGAGACACCUGAGGAUCAGAAUGACCUACGAAAGAUGCAGUUGAGGGAGCUGGCCAGACUCAAUGGCACACUGAGGGAAGAUGACAACAGGAUCCUUCGUCCUUGGCAGAACUCUGAGCCACGCAGCAUCACCAACACCACCCUCUGUACCAAGUGUGGUGGAGCAGGCCAUAUCUCCUCUGACUGCAAGUACACCAGCUCGUUUGCUGCCCACAGAGCAACAGGUGGCGAGCCUCCGCAGUCAGCCCAGGACAAGGCUCGCAUGGACAAAGAGUAUCUGUCCCUCAUGGCUGAGUUGGGGGAGGCUCCAGUCCCCACAUCUGUUGGAGGACACUCCAGCACCCAGGGAGGAGCCCCUCGGUCCUCAGGACCCAACAAUAACCAGCCACCACCGCAGAACCGGCCUCCUUGGAUGAGCUCUGGUCCGACUGAGAACAGGAACUUCCAUAGCAUGCAUGGAGGGCCUGGUGGUCAUGGAGGACCCCACAACUUUCCUCCCCCUAUGCCCAACAUGGGAGGGCCCCCUAUGCCCCCCAACCCCAAUGGCCUACCUCCCCCCUGGAUGCAGCCUCCACCUCCCCCCAUGGGCCAGGGUCCAGGACCUCAUGGACACCCCAUGGGUCUGCUGCCACCUCCAAUGGGCAUGAUGCCACCGCCACCUCCUCCCCCCAGCAGCCAGCCGCCUCCUCCCCCUUCUGGACCCCUGCCACCAUGGCAACAGCAGGCCCCACCUCCCCCUCCGACCAGCAGCAUGGCAACCAGUACGCCGCUGCCCUGGCAACAGAAUACCACCACCACGUCCAGCCCUGGCACCGGCACCCUGCCUCCAUGGCAGCAGCCCCAGCAGCCCACGUCCUCUGGAGCCCAGCCCCCACCGCCCAUGGGUACCCCAUCCAUGGUGCCGCCUCCUCCAGGCGUCCAGCCGCCGUUGCCCCCAGGCGCCCCUCCACCUCCCCCUCCUCCACCUCCAGGCUCAACCGGCAUGAUGUAUGCCCCGCCACCGCCACCGCCACCCAUGGACCCUUCCAACUUUGUCACCAUGAUGGGGAUGGGGGUACCGGGCAUGCCCCCCUUCGGCAUGCCUCCUGCCCCUCCACCUCCUCCACCCCAGAAUUAACCCUGCCACAGAAGAAUCGUCCUCCCACAAAGAGUUUCCACCCUGCAGCACAUUGUGGAUGUGUGCUCAAAGAAAAAAUAUAACCAGUGCUUUAUUUUUUAUUGAUCCUUGAUAUUGUGAAGACAUCUCUGAAACAAUGAAAGGCCGUGUCAGUUCAAUUUGUAAAGUUGCGUAACUUAAUUAGUUAUUUUUAAAGUUUGUAUUAACACAAAGCUCCUUGUGUGCAUACAAACACUGUUGCUCCUGGGCACAUGUUCUGCAUUGCUACCGUAGUUUGUCACGUUACAUGUAUACCAAAUAAACUGCUCAAAUAGCCAGCUGGAAGUUUAAUUUAUGCUCUACAGUCUCAUCAAUUGAAAUGUUCAAACACUUAACUACUAUUGGAUUUAAUAUGUUGAAGUUCAACUUGCAUGAUCCAUUGUAAACACCUCACUCACAAAUUUAUACACCUGUCCUGUUCCAUAUGUUGGCUUAGAAUUGAAUAAGAUUAAUAUUUUUGUAAGAAGGAGAUGUGAAGUGUUUCUUAGUUCUGUCAGAAAACCUUUUUGUAGUACUGUCUCUGUUCCAGAAAUCCCCAUGGUUUUGUUUUUUCUUUUGUCAGUUGCCUGAGUCUCAGUUGUGACAUUGAGUUUGAAAAGGGGGAUUGAAUGCUAUCCGCUAGCUUUUGACCCUCUAAUACUUGAAUGCUGAGGAUCUGAUAUCUACUUGUUUUUCUGAAUCUCUCUGCUCUGAUAAGACUCGGUGUGUGUUUGUGUUGCUUUUUGCAAGGACAAAAAUAUCAGUUUUGUUCUUAGAGUUAAAUUUUUAGUUUGACUCUGUAUCUGGAACCAGUCUGUUGUGUUAUGAUGCUAACCUGAAUGAAUAGCUGUUGAAAUCUUGCUUGGUUUAGCAUUAAACUGAUUCAUUUCA